CACUGGUCUUCCUCCUCCUUCCGUUCAAGUGAGAGAGAGAGAGAGAGAGAGGCCUUGCUUGAUCCUGGAGGAUUGAUUAACGAUCGCCUCUUCUCUCCUCCAAGGCAGGGAUCCUUUUGCCCUAAUUUCGCGAUUUCGGUCCUUUGCAUGAUCCCUUGACACCGAUCGGAUCGUUUUUUCUCCUCUCUGGUUCAUCAUUCUCUUCAUAAAGGGUUUAGGGCGUCGUGUUUUGAGGGGAGGCAAUCAUGUUUACCAGAAUAUUUGGGAAGCCGAAACAGGAGACAAAUGCAGUUGCCACUCUUGAUAAGUUAAACGAGACUCUGGAGAUGCUUGAGAAAAAGGAGAAAGUACUUCAGAAGAAGGCUGCUGCAGAGGUUGAGCGAGCAAAGGAAUUUACAAGGGCUAAGAAUAAGCGAGCUGCAAUACAAUGUUUGAAGAGGAAAAAAAUGUAUGAGCAACAGAUUGAGACACUUGGAAAUUUCCAGCUCCGAAUUCAUGAUCAAAUGAUUAUGCUAGAAGGUGCAAAGGCUACCACAGAAACAGUAGAUGCAUUGAGGACGGGGGCUGCAGCAAUGAAAGCUAUGCAAAAAGCAACGAACAUUGAUGAUGUUGAUAAGACCAUGGAUGAAAUAAAUGAACAGACUGAAAACAUGAAGCAGAUCCAGGAAGCGUUGGCUGCCCCAAUUGGUGCUGCUGCAGACUUUGAUGAAGAUGAGUUGGAAGCUGAACUAGAGGAGCUGGAGGGAGCAGAAUUGGAAGAACAGCUGCUUCAGCCAGCAACUACGGCACCUGCUGCUCCAGUAUAUGUUCCUGCUGGCAGGCAACCAGUGCGACCUGCGCCUCAGAAAGCUACAGCUGAAGAUGAGGAGCUUGCUGCAUUGCAGGCAGAGAUGGCACUCUAGGAAGGAUAGGCUGAUGGUACGAGCAUCGAGACGAGAGUUGGUGUAAAGAUUUUAGUGUAUAAUGAAAGUUGCUUGAGCAGCUUAAUGUGCUUACUUUUCCGUGUGUGAAUACUUGAAUUCUUAUUAUAACUGGUGGCAGAAAUGUUAAAGAUGCUGCCCCCUCUAUUAGUACCAAUAUCUUAUUUGUGUCGAUUGUUGGUCAUUGCACUAAAAAUCUUCUUGUCUCCCUUCUGUGCA